AUGUCUUCAGUGUUGGAAAAGACCUCCUUGAAGAUUGAGUGUGAGGCCACAAUGUCAAGCUGUCACUUCUUCAAGGAUAUUCCAGAGGGAGAAGCCAAAAGCCCUACUCGCAGAAAAACCUUGUCUAGAAUAACGAAGGAGCAGUGGCUUUUCGCUUCAGCUUCAAAAGAAAGGUAUCUGAGAGACAAAUUUGCUGCUGCUGCUGAUGAUGAUGGAGCGCAGAUUUUGGACUGUUGA